CCCAACUCAACUAUGCAACACAAGUCUUACUUCAAUCCUUUUUAUCUCAAAGAAUAGUUGGAAAGCAAAUGAAAGGCUUUGGGAAUUUGGGGCAAUGGCCUCUACUUGGAUUUGCUUUGGCAAUUUGCUUUGUUGCCAGCACUGUUGUUGCUGAUUACUCCUAUGGCUAUACUUCCAAUUCACCUUCUUACAACUCUAAGAAAUACUACAAAUUAUCAUCUCCAUCCAAAUAUCAUGUACCAACUCCUUAUUACAAGUCACCUGUUGUAGCGAAGUAUUACAAGUCACCCGCUCCUUCAAAACAUUACUACAAGUCACCUGUGGCAGCGAAGUACUACAAGGCGCCUGUCCCUUCAAAGAAAUACUACAAGGCGCCAUCCCCUUCAAAGAAGUACUACAAGGCGCCCGCCCCUUCAAAGAAGUACUACAAGGCGCCCGCCCCUUCAAAGAAGUACUACAAGGCCCCCGCCCCUGCAAAGAAGUACUACAAGGCCCCCGUCCUUUCAAAGAAGUACUACAAGUCGCCCGCUCCUUCAAAGAAGUACUACAAGUCGCCGGUUCCUUCAAAGAACUAUUACAAGUCAUCUCCUAAAAAGUACUACAAAUCGCCAUCGCCUGCAAAAUACUACAAGUCACCAUCCCCGUCAAAAUAUUUCAAAUCGCCUGCUCCUUCUAAAUACUAUAAAUCACCUCCUCCACCAAAAUAUUACAAGUCACUGGUUUACAACAAGUCUCCACCGCCACCAAAAUAUUACAAGUCACCAGUUUACUACAAUUCUCCACCACCACCAAAAUAUUACAAGUCACCAGUUUACUACAAAUCUCCACCACCACCAGUUUAUUAUGAGAAAUCACCUUCUUACUACAAGUCCCCUCCACCUCCUCCAAAAUACUAUGAACAAUCAUCUUCAUACUACAAGUCACCACCACCACCGCCAAAAUACUACGACCAGUCACCAUCUUCUUACAGCUCUCCACCUCCACCGUACUACAAAGAAUCUACGCCUUCCUACAAAUCUCCACCACCUCCACCAUACUAUAAAGAAUCUACUCCUUCCUACAAAUCUCCACCACCACCACCAUACUACAAAGAAUCUACGCCUUCCUAUAAAUCCCCUCCGCCUCCACCUUACUACAAAGAAUCUACACCUUCCUACAAAUCCCCUCCGCCUCCACCAUACUACAAAGAAUCUACGCCUUCCUAUAAAUCCCCUCCACCUCCACCAAAAUAUGACGAACAAUCACCUACAACCUACAACUCACCACCUCCACCGAAGUCUUAUGAACAAUCACCAUCAUACUACUCACCACCACCACCAGUGAACGACUACAAGAAAACUCCCACCUAUGCCUCACCUCCACCACCCCCUCCAACAUCUUCCCCACCAAUCUACUAGGAAUAUUGAUCAAACCACUCAUUUCAAUUAUUUCUCAAGAUUUCCUUGACUUUUUAGCUCAUUUUCAUCCUUCUAUCUGGAGCAUUUCCAUUUCCUCUUCCAAAUGUUUAUGUGUGCAUGCUUUCCCAGAGGGUCGAUUCUUCUUGUUUUGUGCUCUUUUGUACUGAUAAUUUAUAAUGUGUAUUUUUGAUAUUUAUGUAAGAUGCUGAGAUCUUCAACA